AUGUCAUAUAGAUCAAUCACGCUAAACUCAGGCAACACUAUUCCCUCAAUUGGGUUAGGGUGCUAUAAUAUCCCCACCUCUCAAACUAGCAGCUUAGUUUAUGAAGCCUUAAAAGUUGGGUAUCGUCAUUUCGAUACCGCUGUGCUUUAUGGAAACGAGAGUCAAGUUAUCAAGGGAAUUAGCCUAUUCCUUAGAGAUAAUCCUCAAGUAGAAAGGUCGCAAAUUUUCUACACAACGAAGCUAUGGAAUAAUCAAUUGGGCAAAAAAGCUACUGAGAAAGCAAUUGACACCAUGAUGGACCAAAUUGGAGACUUGAAAUAUAUUGACUUGCUAUUGAUUCAUUCUCCCUUACCUGGCCAGCAACGUCGAUUAGAAAGUUGGGGGGUCAUGCAGGAGGCUGUACAACAAGGCAAGAUCAAAAACAUUGGUGUAUCAAAUUACGGUAAACACCAUAUUGAGGAAUUGUUCAACUGGUCACAAUUAAAAAUCCCACCAGCAGUCAAUCAAAUCGAGAUAAGUCCCUGGUGUAUGCGUCAGGAAUUGGCACAAUGGUGUUUGAAGAACGAUAUCCAAGUUGAAGCCUAUGCACCAUUGACUCAUGGUUACAAAUUGGAGUCUCCGCCUGCUGAGCUCAAAAAGAUUAUGACAAAAUAUAACAAAUCUGCUGCUCAAAUUUUGAUCAAAUGGUCAUUGGAAAAGGGAUAUAUUCCAUUACCAAAGACCAAAACACCAUCAAGAUUGAUAUCGAAUAUUUCAGUAAAUGACUUUGAAUUGACUGCGGAAGAGAUGAAAAUUAUUGACCAACCAGAUGCUUAUGAACCAACCGAUUGGGAAUGUACAGAUGCCCCAUGA